AUUAAACCUUUUAAGGUUCGAGGCUACGCCCUGUUUUUCUUUUCAAAGUUUUAAUUUACCUUCAACAUAGGCCUAUCAGACACUGCCGUUAUGGACAUGAUGGUAUCAACAUUGCAACAGCAACGAGCUGUUACAGAACAGCUCAGAAGAGAAGCAGCUAUAAAACGCAUACCUGUGUCUGUAGCUGUAUCAGACAUAGUCAAAUAUAUCAAUGAACAUGAGCAGGAGGAUUGUCUACUUGUUGGAUUUUCCAGUCAGAAAGUCAACCCGUUCCGUGAGAAAAGCUCCUGCACUGUUCUCUAAGUUUAUUAAUGUGUAUCUAAACCUAAUUAAAUGCUUCAGAAAGGAA